UGUGUGCGCGCGCAUGUGUUGAUCAGGAAGCUCUGGGUCUGAGCUGCUUCGAAGCAUCUUGCGUUUCCUGAGGAGACCAAAUGGCCACUUUUCAGUUUCAUUACUUAGAAACCAUACAUAACUGAACUCGUAUAGGUUCUAUGUGCGAAAUAGAUCAGUAUAUUUAAAAUCAGACGUAUAUUGAUCAGUAUUUGGCGUAUAAUACAGGUUAUUCUUCCGUCGCGUGCGCGCAGCGCUUCAGCCAGUGAGCUCGCUUUAAUCACAUCAGACUAGCCCCUCAUAUACUGUGAAUAUAAAGAUGUCCAAGCCCCCAAAUUCUGCUUCUCGGUCCCGAUCCAGGUCUAGAUCGCGGUCCUACACACGAUCUCACUCCAGGAGUCGCUCCCGCUCAAGGUCCAGAAAGCGUCGCUACAGCUCUAGAUCAAGAUCCCGUUCACACAGCAGGGAGAGGAACUAUCCUUCCAGAGAUUUCCAGAACAAUCGUGGGUAUAACCGUGGUUUCCGUGGCUACCGGAGACCCUUUCAGUACCGGGGCAGAGGGCGUGGCUACUUCCCACGAGGUAACUAUCAUAGAGGUGGCAGCAACUAUGGUUACCGUUCCAACAACUGGCACGGCCAUAGAGACCACCAGCAGCAGCAGCAGCAGCAGCAGUACGACCACUCGUACAGCCCUAGGAGGGGGCGCUCACGUUCCCACACGCCACGGAAAAGAUCAGCAAGCCGAAGCCGCUCGCGCCAUUCCGAUAGAUCAUCCUCUGUGCAUUCCAGACGUUCCAGCUCUUCCUCCCGUUCCUCAUCCCCACGUCGACGCAACUCUACCGUUGGACGACUCCAUUCUAAAGAUCGCAAAGAAAGGGGUUCACCAAGUGAAAGCAAAGGAACCAGCAAGGAAUCAUCCAAGCCUACAGGAAGCACCCCAGAGGAACCCAGUAGCAAGUGGGAAGGCUUAACUAACUACGAUGCCAGCCCCAAACGCAAAGCUGCAUCUUCUGGUGGUCUGUCAGAGAUCAAAGUGUCCAUUUCCGGAGGUGCUGGCAAUGGUGGUCCACUGUGGCGAAGCAUCGGCCCUGCCAGUAAAAGUCCACUGGCAAAGACGUCAAGCUCAACUGACUUCGGGUCCUUCUCAAAGGAAGACUUGAAGACCGAAGACAAAUCAGCCUCCAUUUCGUCUGCUUUCAAAAAGUUUUUGGCAGAAAAGAAAAAGCCCUUAUCAGACAGGGAUAAUGGCAGGGGUGAGACUUUAAGCUUGGGCGACGCAGACAGCGAGAAGAGCGGCAGCAAGUUGAGAGCGGUUUUCAACGCAUCUGAUUCUGGCUAUGAUGGCUCAAAGACUGACAAAGGACUUCCAUUUCUGGAUGCAGAAGAAGAGGAGUAUCGCCAGGAAAUGAAAGACAGGAAGACAGAGGAAGAAUCCAAGUAUAAGGACAAACCUCUUGUCACAAUGCGGGACUUAACCGAAGAGCGUUUUGGGAAAUGGGAUGAAGAUGUUGAAGAGGAACUGGAUGAGGAACUUUAUCGCAGUCGGAAGCAUGCGUCUAGAAAAGAAGAGAAGGCCUCCAAGAAGAAAGAAAAGAAGAAGAGCAGGAUCAGUCCAUCCUCUCCAUCGCCAUCCAGAGUAUCAGAGAAUAGAGGCAGGCCACUGUUUCCAGCUGGAAGAGAGGCCACACCCCCAGCUAAAUCCUCAGCGAAGAAAGACCCGCAGUUUAAUUUCAGUAUAAAGGCAUUCACUGAUGAUGGAGAAAGCUCAUCAGGUGCAUUAGCUAAAGAAAGACGUUUGUCACGGGAUCUUGUGCACCCUGGUAAAAAAGAUCAUGAGGGGUUUCACUCGAUCUUCCAGCAUAUUCAGUCUGCUCAGCUUCGCAGAAGCCCUUCAGAGUUAUUUGCUCAACAUAUAGUCACUAUAGUACAUCAUAUUAAAGCUCAACAUUUCCAAUCAUCUGGGUUGACUCUGAGUGAGCGAUUUGGAAUAUACCAAAGAAAAGCUGCAGAGAUGGAAAAGAUGAAGCCGAGGAAGAGUCCUGAGAUCCACAGGCGAAUCGAUGUGUCUCCCAGUGCUUUUAAGAAGCACUCUCACCUGUUUGAGGAUUUCGAAGAGAGCGGCUACAAGCAUUUGUCGUAUGAUAAAUCGUGGGUACAUACUUGCCCAAACAAAAUGGCUAAUGAAAAGGAAGUGACAAUUGAUCCUGUGUCCAAGCCUUUCACUGGACCGCUAACCAAUGCAAUAGAUCAUGGUAAAAAGCAUGAGGGCGAUUCAUUGGACCUUCGCUUGGCUAUUGAGCGCCGUAAAAAGCGAGAGGGGGGGAAGAGUUCAGCUGGCUCACGCACACCCAGCCAUGAACUCUCCCCUGACAGAUCCUCCAAAAACAAGAAAUCAAAGAAAAGUAAAAAGAAGCGAGAACGCUCUCCCUCCUCCUCUUCUUCCUCCUCCUCCUCUCCCUCCCCUCGUCAGUACAGAGUGAAAGAGUACCAUCCGGAGGAGCACAUGGAGGGAGGAGGGGGUUUUAACAAGGCCCGUCUGGGGUCAAGGGAGUAUCCGGGACCCAUGGAUCGCGGCCCCCGGGACUAUGAGGGCCACAUGGACAGGGGUUAUGAGAGGGGCAGAGGAGGAUACGACCGAGGAGGAUAUGACAGAGGUCAUGGGGGUUACGAUCGGGGAUUUGUAAGUAUCUUGCCGUUCUCUGUGACAUUGAUAGAACUUGUUGAUCAUUGAUGAGUUUCAUUUGAUCAUUGAGAGACCUCAGUUGAUUCUGAAGCUGCCUACACAACAUUUCAGUGUAGGCUUAUUUAUUUUAGCUUAGUAAUGUACUAAAUGCUAAGCCAAAAUUUACAAGCAUACAAAGAAAUCUAGGUAUGCAGCUCAUUGGGGUUUAGGGCCCUAUGAAAUCCAUUUCU